GGUGAAAACGGAAACAUCGUUCUCAUGGAUCACUCCGAGAAACCCAUAUGGUCCUCGAAUCAAAAUUAAAGCAAUGCCAACAAAGCCAGUGACGUCAGUGGGGUUGACGCCACUAGUGGCGUCGAGCAGCCAAACGGCAUUAGUGCUGUCACUUGGUCACGUAAUGGUUUCAUACGGCACUCAACACGUCAACUCAACCUGCUCCGUUAACUGCUUACUCUGAUCCAACAUAUCGAAGGUGCUUAAACUGGCAAUGGAGAAAGAAGUGGAAAUUGCUUCACAACCACAAAGGAGAAAGGGUGGUCUUGUUACCAUGCCUUUCAUCAUAGCAAAUGAAGCACUUGCGACUGUGGCAACCAUUGGUCUUCAGCCUAACAUGAUAUUGUAUUUGAUGGGGAAUUACAAGCUUCAUUUAUCCAGAGCAAACCAGAUUCUCAUGUUAUCUUCUGCAGCAAGUAAUUUCACUGCUAUAGUGGGUGCUUUCGUUGCUGAUUCUUAUAUGGGUCGAUUCCUAGUUGUUGGGUUAGGUUCCAUCAUCAUUUUCCUGGGAAUAGCACUCUUGUGGUUAACAGCCAUGAUCCCACAAGCACAACCUCCUCCUUGCAACCCUGCAACUGAAAGAUGUAAAUCAGCAACAACUGGGCAAAUGGCAUUGUUAAUCUCUUCCUUUGCUCUCAUGUCCAUUGGAAAUGGUGGCCUUUCAUGCUCCUUGACAUUUGGUGCAGAUCAGGUGAAUAGAAAAGAUAACCCCAAUAACCAGAGGGCCUUAGAGAUGUUCUUCAGCUGGUAUUAUGCUUCCUCAGCUAUUUCUGUCAUAAUUGCCUUCACGGGAAUAGUAUAUAUCCAAGAUCAUCUUGGAUGGAAACUGGGUUUUGGAGUUCCAGCAGCACUUAUGUUCUUAUCCACUUUCUUCUUCUUCCUUGCUUCUCCUAUUUAUGUGAAGAAUCAAACACAUGGCAGCUUGCUUACUAGCUUCGCACGAGUAAUUGUUGUGGCCUAUAAGAACAGGAAACUCCAAUUACCACCUAAGAACUCAGCUGGAAUGUAUCAUCAUAAGAAGGACUCUGAUGUUGUUGUUCCAACUGAUAAGCUAAGGUUUCUGAAUAAAGCUUGCUUUAUUAAAGACCGAGAAAAAGAUAUAGCUUCUGAUGGGUCAGCCUCAAAUCCGUGGAGACUCUGCACAAUAGAUCAAGUAGAAGAACUUAAAGCCAUUAUCAAAGUCAUUCCCCUGUGGUCUUCCGGGAUCAUGAUGUCACUUAACAUUGGAGGUUCAUUUGAAUUGCUACAAGCUAAAUCCAUGAACAGACACAUCACUUCACACUUUGAAGUUCCACCAGCUUCUUUAGUGGUAAUCAUGGUAUUUACAAUAUUUAUAUGGGUGGCUCUUUAUGAUCGUGUCAUUAUUCCUCUAGCAUCAAAGCUCAGAGGCAAACCAGUUAGGAUAAAUGCCAAGAGAAGAAUGGGAAUUGGUUUGUUUUUCUCUUUACUCCACUUGGUAACUGCAGCUAUUGUUGAGGCUACAAGGCGAAGGAGAGCAAUCAGGGAGGGAUACAUUAAUGAUAGUCAUGCAGUGUUGAAUAUGUCUGCAAUGUGGCUUGUUCCUCAACUUUGCUUCAUUGGCUUGGCUGAAGCAUUCAAUGCAAUAGGCCAAAAUGAGUUCUAUUACACAGAGUUUCCUAGAACUAUGUCAAGUCUUGCUUCUUCCCUUGUAGGACUGGGAAUGGGUGUAGGAAAAUUGGUGUCUAGUUUGGUAUUCAAAAUUGUGGAAAACGUUACUUCAAGAGGGGGGAAGGAAGGGUGGGUUUUAGACAAUAUAAACAAGGGUCGUUAUGACAGGUACUACUGGGUUCUUGCAUCAGUGAGUUCUGUUAACAUACUUUAUUAUCUUGUGUGCAGUUGGGCUUAUGGACCUACAGCUGAUGAAGUAUACAAGUUAACCCAUGAAAAUUGUUCAAAUGGGGAAGAUUUAACUAAACUGAUGAACGGGGUUCAGGAUGACAAGGUAUCUUAUGCUAGUGAAGAAAUUGGCCCAAAGGAAAAGGAGUAAACUGGAUUUGGUAAUGGGAAAAGGUGUGCUAGGUUAGUGAAAACAAUGGCUCAAAGGAAGAGGUGGAACUCUUAUACAGCAGCUGAUGAAUCAAGCGAAGACUGCAAAUUACAGAGCUUCCC